CAAUCUGGAUGCAAAUAUUAACAGAAAUGACUUUUUCUCCUGGCAUCUACUGGUGUUUUUACUUUUUAUUCCUUGGCAUGAAGAAUCACGUUAAGGCCGUCCUGUCUGUCCUGCUGCUGCUGUUGGUGAUGGUGCCAGUGUGUCUGAGCACCAGGUUCACCCUCCUCUUGGCCAUGCCCAACAUCUCUGUACCUUUCAGCGUGGGUCGAAUCGGUGCUGCGGCUCUCAUCGCCAUCGAUGCAGUGAACAACAGCACAGACAUCCUUCCAGAUCACCAGCUCGAUUUUCAGUAUGUGGAUGAUGAAUGUGAUGAUCUGGUUGGUCCUGGGAAGAUCGUCGCGAUGCAGCACCAACACAAUUUCAGCGCAUUCAUUGGCCCCUGCUGCUCAAAUGUGUGCACAGUCACGGCUAAGCUAGCAGCUUACUGGAACAUUGCUAUGGUCAGUCCUGUUUGCGCAGAUGAAAAGUUUAUCGAUAAAAAGAAGUUUCCCACCCUGACACGAGUGUUUGGACCUUUCACCAAGUUGGGAACCUUCUUUGUAGAGAUCUGUAAGCAGUUUGGAUGGCGGCGUAUUAGCAUUGUUUAUAACAGUGAACCCAUGUGGAAAACUCCGGCAGAGGGGAUUCGAUACCAAGCAGAGAAGGAUCAGAUCACAGUGGUGAAGUAUCUAGAAAUCGACAGUCCUCCUACCCAUAAUUCCACUGUGCUUCACUUGAGCAUUCUGAAUGAGAUCUCCAGCUCGUCUCGCAUUGUCGUGAUCUCAGCUCAUGGUGAGGUGGUGCGCAGUUUAAUGAUCUCAGCUCAUGGUCAAGGUCUGACCCAUGGAGAAUUUGUUUUCUUCUGUUUCAUGCCCUUCAAUCAGGAUGAAAUGUUUGGGAGUUUCGAAUGGGAACAAGGAGAUAAGUAUGACUCGGUGACAAAGCAGGCCUAUCAGGCACUUUUUAUCGUGUCUAUGUACAAGCCUGACGAUGAGCGUUACAGAGGUUUCGCUGAAGACGUCAUUGAGAGGUCAAAGCAGGAUUUUGGAUACACAUAUGAACCUCAUGAGAAGGUAUCAGUUUUGGCAGCGAUUGCUCAUGACAGCGUCUGGAUUUAUGCUCAGGCUUUGCAUGAAACAUUGAUUGAGAACUCUGACCCGUUUAACGGUUCUGAGGUCACACAGCGGAUGUGGAACAGAACCAUCAUGGGUAUCCAAGGAGACGUGAUGAUUGAUGCUAGCGGGGACCGUGAGUCAGCUUAUAUGCUGAAACACAUGCAGGGCAGUGACAGCCAGUGUCAGGUCAUUGCUAACUACUUUGGGACCCGUAAAGUGUAUGAAGCAGUGGAAGGAAUUCACAUCAGCUGGCCUGGAGGAAGGCAGAGUCCCCCUAAAGAUUCCCCUCCAUGUGGAUUUAAAGGAGAACUCUGCACCAGCACAGAGAGCAGAUUUUCAAUUGCGGUGGGUCUUAUUGUGGGAUUGAUUGUUGCAGGAACUGUUUCAGUCGGUAUUCUAUACAGGAAGUACAAACUGCAGCAGAAGGCCUCCAUGAUGUUGUGGAAGAUCGAUGCCAAUGAUGUCAUUAUGAUGGAGUCUCGCUGCUCUGCAGUUGCAGACAAGCUACUGGGAUGCAAAUCCAUACAGGCCUCACUCGAGUCCAUCAUAUGCAGCAUGCAGGACAAACCCUCAGCCCAGCGAACCGCUGUUUAUAAUGGGACUGUUUGCUGUGUUCGCUUCCUGAGUGUGAGAAGUGUGCAUCUGAGCAAUGACCUGCUGACCGAGCUAAAACGGUGCAGAGAUAUGAGCCACCAGAACAUCUGUAAGUUUGUUGGAGCUUGCCUGGACUCACGGCAACCAGUUAUUCUGACUGAAUACUGCCCUAAAGGAAGUCUCCAGGACAUUUUAAAGAAUGACUCCAUUAAGCUGGAUUGGAGCUUCAAAUGUUCCCUCAUGCUGGAUAUUGUUAAGGGCAUGGACUACCUUCACUGCAGCCCUCUACAUUCCCACGGCCGCUUGUCCUCCUCCAACUGUGUGGUGGACAGUCGCUUCGUCCUCAAGGUCACUGACUUCGGCCUGAGUGAGCUGAGACACGCCGGCACAGUGGACCACUGGAGCUCGCUGUUGUGGAGAGCUCCUGAGAUCCUGAGGCAGAACGUGACUGCUAAUGGCACUCAGAAAGGAGACGUGUACAGUUUUGGCAUCAUCGCUCAGGAAGUGGUGUACCGCAGAGGACCUUUCUACAUCCCUAACAGCUCCCUGAAGGCCAGAGAGAUAGUGGAGCUGGUGAAGGAGGGCGGUUGCAGGCCAUUGCGGCCGCAUGUGGACCCCUCGGAGUGCGAGGAUGGUGUGGAAGCUCUUUUACUAAGCUGUUGGAGAGAAAGAGCAUCAGAGAGGCCGGAUUUCUCCUGGCUCAGAACCACCGUCAAGAAAAUGUGCCCCAGUGGGUCAAAGAUCCUGGACAAUCUGUUGUCACGUCUGGAGCAGUAUGCGUGUUAUCUAGAGGAAGUGGUAAGCGACCGAACGGCUCAACUGCAGGAGGAGAAGAAGAAAGCCGAGGCUCUCCUGACACAGAUGUUGCCACGAUCUGUAGCCGCACAGCUCAUAGCCGGGAGGACGGUACGAGCUGAGACCUACGACUGCGUCACUGUGUAUUUCAGUGACAUUGAAGGCUUUACGGCGAUAUCCGCCUCCCUCACACCGAUGCAGGUGGUGAACAUGCUCAAUGACUUGUACACGCAUUUUGACAACAUCAUUGACAACCAUGACGUGUAUAAGGUAGAAACAAUCGGCGAUGCCUACAUGGUGGUGUCAGGCCUUCCAAUAAGAAAUGGAGAUGAGCAUGCCAGAGAGGUAGCUAGAAUGUCCUUAGCCACAGUGCAGGGCAUGGAACACUUCCAGAGCGAACACGUUCCUCAACAGCGACUGAAGGUCCGCAUUGGAAUUCAUUCAGGGCCAUGCGUUGCUGGUGUUGUGGGGCUAAAAAUGCCGCGCUACUGUUUAUUUGGAGACACUAUCAACACUGCAUCGAGGAUGGAGUCAUAUGGUUUACCAUUGAAGAUCCAUGUGAGCAGUUCUACUAAAUCUCUACUAGACACUUUUAUGACAUUCCAGUGCGAGCUGAGAGGAGACAUAUACAUUAAGGGAAAAGGUUUGGUAAGAACAUACUGGCUUCUGGGAGAACAGUGCUAAACACAGUGGAC